AUGGGUUCUACUGAUACUUUCUCUCCUGAUCCUUCAAGUCCGUUAUUUGUACAUUUAUCUGAUAUUCCUGGAAUUUCAUUAGUUCCUGCUCCUUUUUCGGCUUUUGUUGAUGGUACAUGUUCUCGACCUGUUACUGAUGGGGAUGAACGAAAAUUAUGGGAUAUCUGCAACAAUAUGGUAAUUUCAUGGCUGACAGCCUCCUUAUCCCCUGAGAUAGCUGAGAGUGUUCAGUAUUUUGAAACUGCUCAAAGUAUCUGGGUUCAAUUACAAACUAGGUAUGUGACUGCAAAUAGGACCAAAAUAUUUGAGUUAAAAAGAGAACUUGCUUAUACUUCCAAAGGUGCUUUAGAUAUAGCCUCAUAUUUCAAUAAAUUGAAGAGGUUAUGGGAUGAACUGGGAGUGAUAUGCACUAAUCAUGGUCAGAGGCGCGUUUGUGCUGCAAAGCUUAGUAUUUUGCAAGAAGAUGGGGAGAAUAAACUAUUUCAGUUCCUUAUGGGGUUGAAUGAGACAUACAUGGGGUGA